UUUGCAAGAAUAUGAUGUUGUGACGACGGUGCGAGGGGUGCGUGUGUGUGUGUGUGUGUGUCUGCACAUGUGUGCACGUCGGUGUUAGUGAGAAGAGAAAGGGCUUCAUCAUCACUGCUGCCCUGUGUACGGUGUGCGUUUGUGUGCGCGCGCGUGUGUGUGUGUGUGCGUCUAAUUUGGAUGCUGGUGGAUAAGCCCGUCCACGCUCCGUGUGUGUUGCACAGGCCGCGGCAGUGAAGUGAAGUAAAACAAAUUUUGCCCGUGGCACCACACACAAUCGGCCCUGCGAAAAUUACCCCCAACCAACGGUACACGUACGGCGAGGAACAGAAAACAAGAAAAAACAACGGAAGAAACAAACGCAUGUGAAGCCUUGUACCGGACAGGGGGCGGUCGAAGCAAGCCGUCGUCAUUUGCCCCCGUUCAGGAAGGAUGGGGAGAGGGUGCUUUUUUUGCACACACCGUGAACAUUCCGCAUCGCACCGUGGGAUGUCAUUGGGUGUGUGUGUGUGUGUGUGUGUGUCUGGUGCGCCCAAGUGAAUGCAUUACAGAUUCGUGUGUAACUGACCAACCACUCAACGCAGCACGGUUGUUUUUUGUUUUUGUUUCAUUUGCACCGCUCGUGAAGCUCACGGUAUCGUGGUGUGUGCGCGCGUGUGUGUGUGUGUGUAGGUCGAUAGAAUGUGAGCAAAAAAAGUUACCCGAAAGAGUAAGGUAGGGCUGGCAAGCGCUCUAUCCCUCUCUCUCUCUCUCUGGCUCGCUCGCUCUCUCUGUGGGGCACCACGGAAUAGAAGAAAGUGUGAAAGUGAUCGUGAAGAAUAAGAAAAAUAGAAGAAAAAAGUUAAUAAUAAUUAGCAAACAUCUGCUAAAAAUUUUCCCAUUUCAAGCACCACAUGUGUAAGUGAGCGUGCGCGCGCUCGCCCGUGCGUGUGUGUGUGCGUAUUGUUUGUGUUGUGCAAAGGUGUGCAAUAGCAGGAAGUGCAAGCAAGGGGGGAAAAGGGGAAGAUCCCUUCAAAGCGACCCGCGGUUGAUUUAUUUUCUAUUUUUCCGGCUUUAGUUCGCUCAGCUCUGUGCGGGUGUGUGUGUGUGUGUGAGCGGGUUUUCCUCGAUCGAUCUGCCGAGUAGUGUGUGUGUGUGUGUGCCGUGUGCCUAACCCAGUGUGCGCGUGUCGGGUAUGUGCGGUGCUGUGCGUAGGCGCGUGUGUUUGCCGGGGGCAUGAUAAUAACCCCUCGAUCGGCCUCGCUCACACUCAACGCAGCAAGCGAAAGCGUCGUCGUCGUCGUCGGUGGUGAUCGUCGUCGGCGUUGCCAACCCCUCGAUACCACGACCGUCGGCGGUGGUGGCGGUGAUAAGAGUAGCAGCAGCAGCAGCAGCAAUAACAGCAACCAUAACAACGGCUGCGACGACCGGAGGGACGGCGUCCCCAUCAUUAGCAACCUGUUGAUUGGCAGCCCAGCCGACAUUUCGGUUGCUGGACAGCGGCAGCGGCACGAAGCAGCGGCCAGGUGGCGGCAAGCGAACGGUAGCGCGAACGACGACCACCGGCUCGCCAUCUGCACGAGACGGGAGCAGCAACGUAGUACGACAGGUACCGUUCCGCGGGGUGGGCAGCCCGAAAGCGGCAGCACGUACCGUACCGGCGUGACGGAAGGUGGUGGUGGUGGUGCGGCAGCAGCAGCAGUAGCAGCGGCAGCGACGGCCACGUUUGCGGAAGCCGGCACAAGUCACGACGAUCGGCUGCGCGGUGGUAGUGCGGUUGGUGGAGAAGUAGCGGCUGGAUUCGAACGCGUCGAAGGGAUUGGUGGCGGCGGAGUAGGCGAAGCAGAAGGAGUGCGACGUAGUAGCACGGCAACGACAACGACGAACGGUCAGCGCCAGCAGCAGCAGCAGCAGGAACCGUUCGCACCGAAGACGGCCAGCAGUAGUGGUGAUAGUGUUGGGGGCGGUGGUGGUGGUGGCGGUGGUGGACGAGGGUUCCAUUUCCCCGCGCAUCAAACCGGCCGGCAAGAGGGAGUGGACAUCGUCCUGCCGGUCGCUUCGUACGUGGGAGUGGUGGGCAGUGGUAGGCGACAGCAGCAGCAGCAGCAGUACCAGCAGCAACAGACAGCACCGUCGUCCGCGGACGAUCCGGUCGGUGGUGGAGUGGUGGUAGUGCAGGGCGGCAGCGACAGCAGCAGCAGUAGCACCGGCAGCAGCAACGGUGGUGGUGGUGGUGGUGGCGGUGGCCUUGUCAGUGGCAACAGUGGUGGUGCGGAAAGUAGUGCCAGUUGCAGCAGCACCGCUAGCAGCGGAAACGGAAUUGCCGGCUCGGUGGUUGCGCCGGACGUGGUCGGGGGCAGCUCGCAGUUCGGUUCGAUCGGUACGGGCAGGGCGGGCGGGGACGCUAGUCGCGAGGACGAGGGUGGCUCGAGCGGGAGCGGGGGGAGCGGGAAGCGCAUCCUUGCCGUGAACCGCAACAUCGACGAUCUGCUGUUCGGCAGCGAUCUGGACUCGCUGAUCA